GCCAUCGGAGGACGAAGCAGGGGAUUCCGCAGCCUGAGGAAAUAUGGAGGACAGUGAUGAUGAAGAUGCAAAACUCAAAGAAGAAAUAGAAGCUGAACUGGAUAAAAUCAGCAUUUCCUCUUUGGAAAAAGAUGAGAUUGAAAGUGAUUCAGUAUCAGACACUGAGAGUGAUGGGAGUGAUACUGGUUUGGAUGAGCUGCCAGAGUCAAUGCUUCACUGCAUCAGUGUCAUACAGAACAAGAGAAAAGCCACGGAAGAACUCAUCCUGCAGGAUUUAGAAGAUCCUGAUGCUUUUAGUUGUUGUUACGGAGCAUUUUCAAGCAACUACAUACAUUUACGGGUAGGGUUAUCAACUGAAUCCAAAGACAGUUCUGAACAAUUAAUGAAGGUAUUAUCUGGAAUAGAGAAAGAAGAAUUUAUGAGAAGGAAAACCCAUUGUGCCAGGCCUGAUUUGAUUCCUCAGCCUGACCCUCAGGAUAUUACUGGCCCUCAGGAAGUAACUGACCCUCAGGAUGUUCCUGACCCUCAAGAUGUACUUGUUUUUGCAGAUGAUUCCGAUAUGAAUUUUGGAUACUUUGAAGUAGAGGAAAGAUGCAGGAAGUCGUUUGAAGCUUGGCAAGACAAACAAAAGGAGAUAGAAGACAAAGAGAAAGAAACACUCAAGGCAUGGGGCGAUAGGGAAAGAGAGAAAUUUCAAGAAGAAGAGGAAAAGAGACAUUGCUGGAUACAACAAUUUGAACUUGAAAGGAAAAAAUUAGAGGAUAUUCAGAAGCAAGAGCAGGACAAAAUGAAUGAUGAACUCCAGAGAGAAGAGGAACUGUGGAAAGAAAAAUCUAGACAGCACGAGGAGUUUAUUAGAAACUUGCAUUUGCAAAUGGAAGAGGAAAGAGCCAGAUUUAAUGAGCUACAAGAAAAAGAAAAGUCUCGUUUGCUAGAAGUGCAGCAUAGUGCAGCUGUAAAAAUUCAAGCUAAAUAUAAAGCGUAUAUAGCCUACAAAAAAUAUGGCCUGAUCAUCAGAGAACAAAUAGAGAGUAAGAGAAGGAAAGCUCAAGAGUGGAAAGAAAAGGAAGCAAAAAUUCGACAGAAAGAAGAAGAAAGACAAAAAAGAUUAGAGGAGGAACAUAGGAUAGAAGAAGCGAUAAAAAGGAAAAUGCAAGAAGAAAGAAAAAGGAGAGAAAAAGAAUAUGAGGAUAAAAAGAACAUCUUGAGAAAAGAAAGAGAGGAAUUAAGGAACCGAGAAAAGAUACAAUCACAAGAAGAUACUGGUCAACACCUUAUCAUCAACUGUGCAUUAAGGAAGAGAGACUGUACUGCCAAGCAUGUAGCUGUUACAGAUAAGAACAAGGGAACAAUAGCCCAAAAGUUAAAGGAAGCAAAUUCUAGAAAGCACAGUGUUUGUGUAGUUGAACAAUUAGACAAAGGAGAAAAUGUGGACAGCCAGCUUAUAUUUAAAGAAUCAAUAGAUGCAAAAUUAGUAUCAAGCAAAGCAAUUUUGGCAAAAUUGAAUGUGAAUAAAAAGAGUGAGAACUUAGCGAAACAACAGUGUUUAUUAGAACUUGUUAAAAAAGAGGUAAAAUAUGAAAGUAUUGAAAAGCCUCAAUUGGAAAACAAAGAUAUAGUAGAAAAUAUGAAUGAGCAGUUUCAACUGCAAGAAUUCAAGUCUCAAGUCCCAACCAAAGAGAGUGUGGAACAUACCACACAUGAGGAGAUGGGAGGAAUCCAAGUGAAUGGACACAAUGAAGAAAUGAAUGAGCUGAAAAACCCUGAAGUACAGAAAAUAAUCAAGGGUAAUCAGCAGAAAGCAGAGGAAGAGGACAGUUCGAAACAAAGUGAGUCAUUGCUUGAACAGAGUCACACUCCAGUUGUUUCAAUGGAAGAAAACCAACUGCUGCUAAAGUUAGAAAAUUGUGAAACUACAGGUGGCCAUGUAAUACUAGAAGAUAAAGAAGUUAAUUUAAAAUCAAAAGAACUUGAGGAGUUCUCAAAAGGUAACACACUGAGUAGUGAUACUGUGAUUUCUAUCACAGAUGCUAUGGCAAAUACAGAAAUAAAGAAGCAGAAGUACAGAUUAGUGGAAAACGCUCCUACUGAAGACUUGGGCAGUUAUUAUGCAGGAAGCUUCCAGGCUACUACAGAAGCACACUCUCUUCAAUCUAAGAUUCAAGAAAUUCAAAGCAAUGGCCAGAAAAAUGGAGCUGCACGGGAAAGUAUCAAGUACUACUCUAUCCCAGAGGCAACAAUUUUAUCUUCCAUUGAAGAACAGAGAAAAGCUUGGGUAACAUCAUGUAGAUCUUGGUUAGAAAUCCUCAAAGAAUAUCAACAAAAGAAAAUUAUUAAAAGGAGAAGAACUAUGAAAUGUCCAACCAAUAUGAUGCCUCCUUUGAGUACAUUAGACAUUCUUCAGUGUGGUCCUUGGGAUACUUUACAACAGGUUACAACUAUUACCCUUCAAGGUUUGCCAGGAUGCAGUCUCUCUACCUUGGCAGACUGUCCAAAUCUUCAGUUUCUGUCUCUUCAGCGCUGUGGAUUAGUGUCCCUGAAUGGCCUGAGUCACUGCCGAAAACUGAAGUUCAUUGAUGCUCAGGAGAACUAUAUUGAGGCUAUCAAUUGUGAAAAUAUGGAAAAUCUCUCUAUUGUUCUUCUUAAUAAAAAUCAAUUGACUUCUAUUCAUGGUUUGGAUGGUUGCACUAAUAUCCAAAAUCUUGAACUCUCAUAUAAUAAAAUUACUCGAAUUGGUGGUUUGGAAUCUUUAAAAUGUCUUCAACAACUAACUGUGGACCACAAUCAAUUAAUUAGUUCAAAAGGUCUUUGUGAUGCACCUACCAUUGUAUACCUUGAUUGUUCUUAUAAUCAUCUUACUGACCUUGAGGGCAUAGAAAAUUGUGGAUUGCUCCAAAUAUUGAAAUUAGAGGGAAAUUUUCUAAGUGAGCCUCCACCUUUGAAGAAUCAUGUUCUACUAAGAGAAUUACACUUGGAUGAUAACAGUAUUUCAACUGUGGAAGCAUUUUCUUCAUAUUGGUUGCCCUUACUACAAGAUCUUACUCUCUCUCAAAACAGGUUGACAAAUAUUGUACCACUUUUUCAUUUUGUUUCUUUGGAAAAGCUGGAUAUCAGCAACAAUUGUCUUUCUGAUCUGACUUGUGUGAUGAAAUGGCUUGGUGCAUGUUACUCUCUCCGAGAACUCUCUCUUACUGGAAACCCCUUACUUAAAGAAGUAAAUGGGAGGAAUUCCCUACUUAAAACAUUGCCAGCACUUAGAAUCUUCAAUGGUGAAAUGGUAACCUCUUCUUCAGAAAUCCCCACUGAAGGAGACUGUCAUCCAUCCUCAGGAGGCUUCCUGGCACUCUGUCAGUCUCAGAUUCAAGAGUUUUCCACAAUAUCUGAGAACUAUACUACUCAGAAAGGGGAUGUUUUUACUUUGGAGGCUGUAGAAAAUCUCUGUGAUUAUUUUAAGAAAUUGAUGGAACUUAGUAAUGAAUGCAGAUAUGCUCAUGAACAUGGAGAUCUGAGUAUCACCGAGACAGUAGAAGCAGAGGUCCAGCACAACCAUUUGGCAUUUUCAAGCAAUAACAACACACCGAAAAACAUGGUCUUUCAGUCUCAGACUAACAAACACAACACAAACUCACCAGAUAUUAAUGAGAAAUUGAUAGACUUUGACUCCAUGAAUACCCCAUUGAGCUGUGAAGAUAUGGAAGGAAUAAAUCAGAAAAAAAUAGUAGGUCAGAAGAUGGAAGAUGGCAAGCCAAGUUGUAUUCCCACUGAAAGAAUUACAUUCGUGGAAACAGUAAUGAUAGAUUCUCCAUUGAGUAAUCACCAAAAUAUUGAACACUGUGAAACAAUUUCAGCAGCUAUGAUAAUCCAGGCUUACUGGCGUGGGUACAUUGUACGCAGGCAGAGAAAAUUUUCUGAAAAUAUAAAUCUUCCUGACAAAGAACCCCUGCUGAGUCCCUUAAUGCAUAAUCAAACUACUGUAAAGAAAGAAGGAAGAGGAAAUGCUGUGAAUAUCCAAGAACAGAGGGAGAUGGCUGCUCUUUGUAUUCAGGCAGUGUGGAAGGGCUUUAUUUUACGGAAGAAGCUGGUGACAGCCCUAGAGGCCAUCAACAGUGAAGAGUCUGGGGAAGAAUAUGAAGAAAUAAAUUUAGAGGACUUCAUUUUCGAUGAAGCUGCCUUAGAGAAAGAAUGGCUAGCUUUAGCUUCCACCCGCUUCCCUUCACAAACACUGCUUCUCUCAAACCAGCUGCACUGGCCAAAGAACUCUGGAAUUGUGAAAAUUGAUGACAAUUCACUUAAUAUUCCAAGUCUCCCAGCUCAAGCAUGGCUGUGUAAUGAAAAAGACAAUGUGUCCUCUUCAGAACACACACAAUUAAAUAGCAGAUCGGAAAGUGGAACUAUAUCUUGGACACCUGCAUCAAAGACAAGUCCAAAGAGUUUGCUGAAAUCUGAAAAAGAAGAAAGAAUUUCAGAAGAAUGGGGUUUUAAGGAUAUUUCUACUGCUCAGCAAAUGCUGAAGAGGGCAGAGAAAAUGAAAUCAAAGAAAUUAAAGAAAAAAAUAGAUCCCACUGUGCGUCUAGCAUUAUUCAAAAACAAUGAAAAUAAAGUUUCUGUGAAAAAUCCAUCAAAGAAGAAACAGGUCAAAAGAUAUGAUUACUUUGAAGCUAAAGGAAUUGAAGCCAGACAAUUGCACAUGCUAAGUGAGGAUUCUACCACAGACCUUCAUUCACAACCAUCAAGCCUUUGUAGGGAGCAGAAACCAGAGGAUCGUCAGAGCCCCUCAAGGCUGAAAUCAGAAAAGAUACACCGGCUCAAAGCAACCAGGUGGAGGAGUGAUGGAUUGGGACUCCUGAUGUUCUUCUCAGGCCAUCGUAGGCAAGCGCCCCCUGCCACAGGUAAGGCAGAAGACAUUAUCUACAAGGACACCAGUCUAAAUGAAAAACUAGAAAGGAGCAAAGAGUAUACAUACCGAUGGCUUCACACACAGACUGGGAUUCAUGAAACAAAUAUUUCCAGAAAUAUGAAAUGUGAACACUUCUUGCCGGAGUUAGAUCCAGAUGUACUUAAUGGUGGAAGAGUUCAACUUGUGGCAAGACUUGUAAGCAGAGAAGACACGGAUUUGGACUUUUUUUCCAUGACCAGUGGAAGUGCUUUGUCUGUGAACAGAGAAAAAAACAUUCAGGUACACAGACACUCAGCAGGAUCUUCAAGUAAGUUGUGGUUUCCUUCGGAAUUAAUUUAGAAAUCACAAUGA